GGAUAAUGGAAGUUACGUGUUCUCCGGGCAUUAUUGAGCCGCGCCUGCGUCAGAGACACACCUGAGCGCCGGUUUGGGGAGCGCAUUGUCGGCUGCCUGAUGUUGCCGUGUGUCCGUGAACUUCCAGCAACAUCCUCUUUCGGCUGUCUGGCGCGUUUGAUCAGUGCGGGUAAACUUCCAUAUGGUAAGGUAUCUCGGAGGCAUGCAGACGAUGGUGUACCCGCGGUCCUGUUCAGUUUCUUAUCAAGAUGGCAGGACGCCGUAUUUCCCCAACCCCCACGAUCUUUGGUAUCUGCUGCAUGAUCUCUGGAUUUCUGAGGGGGGUAUUUAGUGAGAUAUAAAUACACUGGCAAGGAUAUAUCGUGCAUCAUGCGAAAAAUGUACUGGCAUGUGAAAUAAUACAGAAACAGAUUUUAAUGAAACAUGGACCAUUCAAGCAAUCGAUAUUCCCGAGAUUUUUAUAAACGACAUAUCUGGAUCCAGGACAAUUCAGUUGUGAAUAAAAUGCAGCAGAGAUACUGGAAAACAAAGCAAACUCUUAUCAAGGUUACUGGGAAGAAAGAAGAUCAACACGUUAUAGCUUCAGAUGCAGACCUUGAUGCUAAAUUAGAGGUAUUCCAUUGCGUUCAAAGGACAUGUAUGGAACUUCUGAAGGUCAUUGAACAGUAUCAGAAACAGAUUUGCUUUUUGUCUCAGGAAGAAAAUGAAUUGGGCAAAUUUCUUAGAUCGCAGGGUUCCCAGGAUAAAACCAGAGCAGGAAAGAUGAUGCAAGCAACUGGAAAGGCACUGUGCUUCUCCUCACAACAGAGGCUGGCACUUCGUAGUCCUUUAUGUCGCCUGUACCAGGAAGUGGAAACUUUCAGGUACCGUGCCAUUUCUGAUACCUGGCUGACAGUGAAUCGAAUGGAACAGUCUCGCACAGAAUACCGGGGAGCACUACUCUGGAUGAAAGAUAUUUCUCAGGAGUUGGAUCCUGAUGUGUAUAAACAUCUAGAAAAGUUUAGGAAGGUCCAAGGCCAAGUUCGUAUUACGAAGACUCACUUCGACAAAUUAAAGAAUGACGUGUGCCAGAAAGUGGAUUUACUGGGAGCAAGUCGUUGCAAUCUUCUUUCUCACAUUUUAGUAACUUAUCAGACAACAUUACUUCAUUUUUGGGAAAAGACUUCUCACACCAUGGCAGCUAUUCACGAAAGUUUCAAAGGCUACCAGCCGUAUGAGUUUGCAAUGCUGAAGGUUUUGCAAGGACCUGUAAAUGAAUUGAUAGAGCAGAUGUCUCAAGGAGAAAAUAAUGCAAAGAAUAAUGUUGCAAAGGAUGCAUCUGAUACAGAUGAUGAGCUUAUCUCAUUAAAAGAGGAUAACGAAAAUAAGGAAUCUAUUACUUCAGAUACAACUCUGGCUCCAGUAACAAGAAAAGAUGGCUUUUCAACUUUGCAAGCCAAGUCUUCAAGCAAUCAGCAUGAAUCAAAAUGUAUAGAUGAUUUGUUAGCUCUGAAGAAGGAAGAAAAGCCAAUUUUGUCUCAAAGUGCUCCAACAAAUCUAUUGAUCAACCCCAUUGAAUCUCAAACAAAUGAGAAGGAUGAAAUGGCAUUGUUGAAUGAAAUACUAAAUGGGACAUCGCUGGAAGAGGGUGACUUCAGCAGAGAAUGGCAGGCAGUAUUUGGAGAAGGUCUGAGUUCGCCAAGCCAUCCGGCAGCUGGUGAGUCGGACCCAUCUCCCUCUCCUUCAAGCUUCCUCCCUUCUCAACUGUUUGACAAAAGCUUGGGAGAUCGAUCAACUUCCAUUACUGGUUGGACGGCAGUCGGCCUCAAUCUUCAACCUGCAUCUCAAUCAAAAGAGCAGCCAAAUGGAUUCAUUGGGGAUAUGAGUGCUCCGAAAAGUUCAACUGACCAGUCUACAUGGUUUAAACUUUUCGCUGACCUGGACCCAUUAUCAAACCCGGAUGCAAUUGGACGAACUGAUGAGGAGCAUGAACUCCUUAAUGCAUGACACACAUUAGUCUAAGAUGUAAUCAUGACUGUAAUAUUGUAAUCUUUGGUAAGUCUAUUGAAUGUUGACUACUAGAUGCUAAUUUUCUAAACUUACACUCAUUAUAACCUGCUGAAAAAAUAUUUAAUUAUUUUUGUCAGCACAAACGAUAGAAAUCUAUUAAAAAGACAAUCUGUAAAUGUUGCUGUCUUGUUACUAAAUGAAAGAGUAGAGAAUAAUUUCAUUUUUGUUCAAUUAACCAAAUGUUUUCUAGGCUACUUUCUACAACCAACAAUAAAUCUAUUUAAUUGGCAACACUUUUUAUCCAGAGAAACUCUGUCAUUGCAUAGAGCCAACUUCAGUUACUCUCAGAGAACAAAUUGGAAUUUAUUUUCAUUGGGAGGGGUAAAAUGCUCCAGUUGCUCAGAAAUGUACUGUAUAUGUUCCUAUUUUUGUCAGGGAAUCAAUCAUCUCCCCCCACUACAUUGUACAUGGGUCUCAUUCUGAAAUACACAUUAAUUCAUGUUCUCAAAUCAUUAGUAAUAGGAAAAAAAGCAAGUAUCGCAUUGAUAUAAUUAGUUAACUUUGAGGUUGUUAUGAAAUCUACAUUGUAACUCCAUGUGCCAUUCUAUUAACAGCAUGGGUACUGACUGAGACAUGUUGUAUUGUCAUUAGAUGUAUCAGUAGCCUUGGCAGCAUUGCUAAAUCAGCACAUACUGUAUCUCUGAAUCACGGAUAAAGGAAGGACUACAGCUUUUGGGCUGGUAAGCAGAGCGAUAGCAAUUUCAGCUCAAGAAAAGGGAGGAGGUCCUGAAAACAAACUACAGGGGGUUAGGAAGGAAGUUAAGAAGCAGGACCGCAAAGGUGGUAAUCUCGGGAUUACUGCCUGUGCCACGCACCAGUGAGAAUAGGAAUAGGAUGAGGUGGAGGAUAAAUGUGUGGCUGAGGGAUUGGGGCAGGGGGCAGGGAUUCAGAUUUCUAGAUGAUUGGGACCUCUUUCGGGGCAGGCGUGACCUGUACAAAAAGGACGGGUUGCACUUGAAUCCAAGGGGGAUCAAUAUACUGGCAAGGAGGUUUGCUAAGGCUAUUGGGGAGAGUUUAAACUAGAAUUGC